AGUGGGGCAAUCUUUAUUCGCCUUUUGCACGCAAAAUCAAAAACCAUUAUUGAGCAGUGGUGCCAUUUACAAAACUGUUGAAGCUUUUUCUUUCAUCCAACAAGAAGAAAUGGCCGAUGCAAUCCUCCAUGGCGUUGUGCGGUCAAUCAUUGAACGGUCGGGAUCCUCCAUUUUCCAACAGAUUGGAUCGAUAUGGGGUGUCAAAGUUGAGCUCGAAAAAAUGAAUCGCACUGUUUCCACUAUUCGUGCUGUACUUCAUGAUGCAGAGGAGCAGCAGGACGAGAGCCACCAAGUCAAGGACUGGCUCUUGAAGCUCAGAGAUGCAGUUUUUGAUGCUGAUGACUUGUUGAGCGAGUUCUCCACUCAUGUAUUGCAGCAAAAAGUGAUGGACAGUGAGGUAAGUACUUUCUUUUCAAGUUCAAACCAAGUUGCUUUUGGUCUUAAGAUGGCUCCCAAAAUAAAGGCUAUGAGAAGGAGGCUUGAUGAUAUAGCAAAAGAUAGGAAAAAUUUCAAGUUAAAGUUGGAAGAUCGUCCUGUAGAGACAAGGGUUGUGACUAGGGGGAGGGAAACUCACUCAUUUGUACGUAAAGAAGAAGUUAUUGGGAGAGAGAAGGAUAAGAAGGCCAUUAUAGAUCUAUUGUUAGACUUUGAUACGGAAGAGAAUGUUUCAUUCAUUUCCAUAGUGGGAAUGGGAGGGCUAGGGAAAACCACACUAGUUCAAUAUGUAUACAACGAUGAGGAGGUCACGGCUUAUUUUGAGUUAAAGAUGUGGGUGUGUGUUUCUGAUGUCUUUGACGUAAAAGCCAUUGUUGAAAAGAUAAUUGAAUCCGCAACUAAAAAAAAACCUCAAAACCUAGAAAUGGAUCAAUUGCAAGAUGUGCUUCGCAAAAAUCUUAACCAAAAGUACUUACUUGUGAUGGAUGAUGUGUGGAAUGAGGACGAAGAAAAAUGGUGUAGUUUGAGAACACUUUUGUUGGGUGGUUCAAAGGGAAGUAAGGUACUAGUAACUACACGGACUGAGUUAGUUGCAGAUAUUACUAGCACAGUCUCACCAUAUUUUUUAAAAGGCCUAUUAGAGAAUCAAUCUUGGUCAUUAUUUAAGCAAAUGACAUUGGGAAAAAAGCAAGAGAUUGUCAAUCCUAACCUAGAAGCAAUUGGAAGGGAAAUUGUAGAAAAAUGUUGUGGAGUGCCUCUUGCUAUAAAGACAAUAGGAAGAGUAUUAUACUUCAAAAAAACCGAAGCUGAAUGGUUAUAUAUUAAGAAUGAACUCCCAAAUGUAAUUCAGCUAAGAGAUGGUAUUAUACCUGUUUUAAAAUUGAGUUACAAUUAUCUCCCAUCACAUUUAAAGUGUUGUUUUGCAUAUUGUUCAUUAUUUCCCAAAAAUUAUUUGAUUGAUAAGUUUACAUUGAUACAACUAUGGAUAGCACAAGGAUUUAUCCAAUCAUCAGAAGAAAAUCUACAAUUAGAGGAUGUUGCUAAUGAGUAUUUCAUGGAUCUACAUUGGAGGUCUUUCUUCCAAGAAGCAGUAGAAGAUCAAGGAAGGAAUAUGUUCUUUAAAAUGCAUGAUUUAAUCCAUGAUCUUGCACAAUCAAUCUCAAGGAUUGAGUGUACACUGUUUGAUUCUAAUGCAAAAAAUGUCAAUGAAAAAGUUUGUCAUCUAUCAUUUCCAUCUUACCGUUCUUCAUUCUUUAAGGAGAAUUUAACCUUGUUGGUUAAAGCAAACAAGAUACGCACAUUUAUUUUGACAAGUUAUCCUUAUUUGACUAGUUUUGAUUGAGCAAGCCGUGAACAAUCAGUAUUUGACGGUACAUCUAUUUUGGUACAUUUGGCCAGCAUUGAGGGAAGAGUGGAAGAAUCAACUCUUAGAAAACUUAUUUCGACUUUUAAAUACUUGCGUGUAUUCGACCUACAUGGCUUACAAAUGGUAAAAAUGCCAAAAAUUGUAGGUAAGAUGAUGCACUUGAGCUACCUUGACCUUUCCUACAAUUAUAUUGAAUUUCUCCCUACAUCUAUUACUAGACUGGUAAAUUUGCAAACAUUAAAGCUUAUUCUUUGUAAAAAGCUCAGGGAAUUGCCAAAAGACAUUCAAAAGUUGGACAGGCUCAAGCACCUUCACAUAAAUGGUUGUGAGAAUUUGACUCAUGUGCCAUGUGGAUUAGGACAAUUGACUUGUCUUCAAACAUUAAGCUUAUUUGUUGUGCGUAAGGACCUUGUAGGCUCCUCCAAGCACUACGGUGAAUUAGAUGAAUUGAACAAGCUAAAUGAAUUGAGAGGAAAAAUAGAGAUUAAAAAUUUGGCAUGGGUGAUAGAUGCUACCUCGAAGGGUAAGGUUGCAAAUUUGAAGGAGAAGCAGCUCUCAGUGAGUUGGAAUUAGCAUGGAAUCCGAACGAUGAUGUUGGCAUAGAAGCUGAUCAUGAUGAUGAAAGUUUGUUAGAUGGUCUCCAACCACACCAAAGUUUAAAACUUUUGAGAGUGGAGGGAUACAGGGGUGUAAGAUUUUCAAGUUGGCUUUCAUCGCUAACAAAUCUAGUUAAAUUAUAUGUAGAGAGUUGUAAGAAGUGCCAACAUUUGCCACCUUUGUGCCAACUCCCAUCUCUCAAAGUACUAGAUGUUCGGAAUAUGGAUGGUCUGGAGUACAUAUCAGACCAAGAUUUCAUUGCUUCAAUGGGAUCAUCAGGGACAACAUUUUUCCCAUCCCUUGAUACACUCAUUCUCGAGUAUUGUCCUAAUCUAAAGAAGUGGUGGAGGAGGGAUAUCGUUGAUAACGGUGAUGUGGCAACAACAUCAACAUCAUCAAGUCACCAAUAUCAGCAACAGAUAUCACUACCUUACUUUCCUCGUCUUUUAUUCUUGCAUAUACUGGAUUGCGAUAAACUGUCUUGCAUGCCGCUGUUUCCAAAUCUUUAUCAGCUUAUUUUGAGAAAUGCCAGCUGGAAGCCUUCGCAAUAGACAAUGGCGAUGACGAUGAAUACGGUAGAGGCUUCUUUAUUACCAUCCUCCUCCUCCUCCUCUCCUCUCUCCGGAUUGCACUGGUUGACUUUGGAAAACAUCCAGGACAUAGAGUCUCUGCCAGAGGAGUGGCUGCAAAAUUUGAUUUCUCUUGAGAGAUUGGAGAUUUCGCAGUGCCCCAGGCUAACAUCUCUAUCUCGAUUUAUGCAAUAUCUCCCCUCCCUUAAGAUUUUGACAAUUGCAUACUGCGAGUUGGUUGAUCAGCUCAGUGACGACACAGAAUGUCGUCUCCCUACAUCUACGUGCCUCCAGAAUUUGGUUUUCACAGGAAUUUCAAAACUGGAAUCUCUCCCGGCGUAUCUUCAACACGUUACCACUCUCCAAAAGCUCGAAGUUUCUGCAUGUCCCAGUUUCUUGACUUUACCGGAAUGGAUCGGUAACCUCACAUCACUUCGAAAGAUUGUAAUUGAAAACUGCCCCAAUCUGACAUCACUACCCGAAGGAAUGAGUCGCCUAACCUCUUUACAGAUGCUGAGAAUCUUCAAUUGUCCCCAAUUAGAGCAAAGAUGCAAAGAGGAAAAUGGCGAGGAUUGGUACAAGAUUGCUCACGUCCCAUUUUAUUCCAAUGCAGCAUUGGAUAUGGAUGAUUUGCUUGGGAAUUUUUGAAAUUUUGGAAGCACAAUAUGAAUUACUGAAUUACUCAUAUCCUGAACAAAUGUUGGGAGCAGAUGUAUCUGGUUCGUUAUCAAUUUUUUACGUGCAUAAACAGAUUGCUGUAAGCGAUGCUGGCAGCAUAGUUCCUACAAUCCAAGGUAUUGAUGCUCUUGUAAUUCUCAGAAGCACUGUGCUGAAGAUGAAACCUGACUUUGAUCCAAGCAAAGGUCAAAGCCCUGGGUUCUAUUUUGAAGAUGGAGCAUAUCCUAAACAGUUUUUUUCUUUUUUCUGAGUCAUACGAUUUAUAUGUCCGUCAAGGUUGCAAGAGUGAAGCAAAUUGUGUUGGUUGGCUCUAUGGGGGGAGCAAACCCAAAUCAUCCCUUGAACAGCUAGAUUAACAGCAAUAUGUUUGGUGUGGAAGAUAAAGGCUAAGCAGUAUUUGGCUAACUCCGGUAUUUCAUACAGAAAUGCAUUUGCUAGCAUCAAAGAGAGCUGCCAUUGACAAUAAAGUGGAGUUCAGGCUUAGCAAACAAGCUCUUGCUGCGGGAUUUACUUGGUUGGUUGACAAUCACUUUUGACACCUUCAGUAUGCUAAUUUUUUAAGGCUUCAUGAUAUAGGUGAGUUGACAAUCACUUGAUGCAAAUCUUAUCACCAAACAUUUAUCGAAAUGCUUCAUAGGCAGUGAGGAUUCUCUGACUAUAUCAUAAGAAAGGAAACAAGCAUAAAGAAAACAUUUGAAAGGGUGCCAGCAGGAAACAAGGGACAAAUGCAAAAAAUUGCUCCACAUCCUGGAGUUUGGAAGGGAAGAACCUGUCCAUCAGAUUGCUAUAAGGGAUGCAGGCAGCAUAGUUCCUACAAUCCAAGGUAUUGAUGCUCUUGUAAUUCUCAUAAGCACUAUGCUGAAGAUGAAACCUGACUUUGAUCCAAGCAAAGGUCGAAGCCCUGGGUUCUAUUUCGAAGAUGGAGCAUAUCCUAAACAGAAAAACCAAAUAGACGCUGGUGGAGUAUUGCUUUCCUCCUUUUCACUUAGUCAAAUUUUGUUUACUGCUUGGAGAUGGUUGCAACUAGACAGGCAGUACUCUUUGCGACGGAAAUUGGCCUUCAACAAUGCCACUUUGAAGGUGACUUAGAAAUUGGAAUAAAGGCGCUACAAAAUGGUGACAUACUUUCCUCAUCCUUUGGUCAUUUAGUUAGAGACAUUUUAAUUCAUGUAACCUCCCGUAGGAGUUUUUCUUUCUCUCAUAUUGUUAGGCAAGGCAAUAUGGUUGCGCAUGCUUUAGCCCAGAGUGCAAGGCUUUCUUUCCCUUUGAUAGUUUGGACGGACCAAGGUUGCGAGAGUGAAGCAAAUUGUGUUGGUUGGCUCUAUGGGUGGAACAAACCCAAGUCAUCCCUUGAACAGCUUGAGUAACAGCAAUAUUUUUGAAAUGCAGUUGCUAGCAUCAAAGAAGAGCUACCAUUGACAAUGAAGUGGAGUUCAAGCUUAGCAAACAAGCUCUUGUUGUAGGAUUUACUUGGUUGGUUGAAAAUCACUUUUGACAACUUCAGUAUGCUAAUUUUUUACAGCUUCAUGAUAUAG